GGUCAGCUUCCUAGGUCGGCGCCCGGAGCCGGAGCUCCUCCCUCAGGGAUGGGCAAGGCAUUUGUUGUAGGCGGUUCGGCCGUUGCACUCUUGCUGGGUUCGUGGAUAUACAGCCAACAUCACGUCCAGAAACGCAAUGGAACGCGCAACACUCACGAGUUCGUCUCGAAGUACGGCGGGCGGAACAAUGUGAUGCUCGAAGGCGCGCCGACGACUCGCGUUCCUCCCAACCUUGUCACGGCCGAGGAGCGCGGCAAGGUCCACUAUACCAUCCCCCAGUUCCUCGCGUCGGACGACCCAUCCCCCGAGCGCCGUCGCAUGCAGCCUGCUCCCGGCCGUGAGGCGUACGGCCGCGCGUAUACGAAGAAGGGCGAUAUCAACGGACCUCCCAACGUCCCCCUCCCCAAGCUUGACUCGCCGGCGGACGUCGUCUGAAGAUACGACGACUGAAUGCCUGUCCGUGAGUGCCCCUUCAAGGGCUUAGCUCGGAACCGCCCUGCACAACGUGGCUGCUCGAACGUGGUCUGUAUUGGUGUUGGACGAUGGAAGUCUGUAUUUUUACCUGCAAGGUUUAUUGUUGUAAGAUAUCGGUAGCAUACGCUGGAGGAGUUCUGUACGUAGUCGGGAUACACAGAUGGAUUAUCGGAUGGAUAAAGCUGCCA